AUGUGUUAUAACAUUGGCAUUGCGUGUGGUAAACUGGGAGAUUAUGAAAAGUUUAUGCAGUAUUCAAAACAAGGCUUCAAAGCUGCAUUAAGAAUCGGUGACUCUAGACUCACUGCACAUUCCUAUGAUGGUCUUGGUAGUGCUUACAAUGCCCUGUGUGACUAUCAAAAUAGUAUUAAGUGCCAUAAAAAAGCUAUUGAUUUGUACAAACAACUGAAUGAUGAAGAAGGAUUAGGGCGUUGUUAUACAAACAUGUCAUUAUCCGAUAAGAAGCAAGGAAAGUACCAUGAUGCACUUCGUCUAUUAGAGGAGAGUCUCAGGAUAAGUGUUAAAAUUGGAAGAAAAGAAAAUCAGGCGAGUGACUUACUUAACUUGGGAUCAAUAUACGCAACGUUGAAUGAUUAUGAUAAGGCCAUCGAGAUGUUCCAGAAAAGUCUUGCUAUCAGUAUAGAGAUCGGUAAUAAACGUCUUCAAGCAAAAUGUUAUGGUAGCCUGGGAAAUGUUUUGUUUCAUUAUUGUAACAAAGAUUCAGAAGCCAUCGUGUAUUAUCAGAAAUGCUUAGACAUUUCAAAAGAAAUCGAUGAUAAACAAUCACAAUCGGUCACCUUACGAAACAUUGGCGCAUGCUUAGAGGAAUUACAUCGAUACAAAGAGGCGAAUGAAAACUACGACAUCAGUCUUGCUAUUUCUAAAGAAUUAAAUGACAAACAUAAUGAGGCAGUUGUCAUUCACUGA